GGCCGCUGAUUAGCAUGCAUGGAGGGCCGCCUCGGCUGCCGCUCGCCGCUACAUUUUGGAAGAUGCAGCAGCGGUCUCUUACUCUAGCGUCAGGAAUAGUGCAUGAGCGGACUCACUCAGUAUAUCUACGGAUUCGGCGAGGGAAAAAUCAGCGGUGGCUGGCUUUAGACUAGAAGAGAAAAAUAACGGUGCUGAAUCUGGUGAUGAUGAUGCUGAUUAGUGGAGGUUCAGUCAUUAACGCUGAAGCAGUAUGGGAUCAUGUCACCAUGGCCGACCGAGAGUUGGCGUUUAAGGCUGGGGACGUCAUCAAAGUUUUGGAUGCAUCUAACAAGGACUGGUGGUGGGGGCAGAUUGAUGAUGAAGAGGGAUGGUUUCCUGCCAGCUUUGUCAGGGUUGAACCCCAUCCCCCGCAACCUCAAACAAAACAAGUUUUCUAUCUCAACCCUAUAGCAACUCCAAGACUUCAAAAUACAGCUGCCAAGCCUUGGGUGAACCAGGAAGAUGGAGCUGUGGAGACCGUGGACACAAAUGAGGUGCAAAACGGCCAUCUGGACUCCAGCAAUGACUGUCUGUGUGUGGGCCGGCCCCUCCAGAAUCGGGACCAGAUGAGAGCCAAUGUGAUCAAUGAAAUAAUGAGCACAGAAAGACACUACAUCAAGCACCUAAAGGACAUAUGUGAGGGCUAUCUGAAACAGUGCAAAAAAAGAAGAGAUAUGUUCAGUGAUGAACAGCUUAAAGUAAUAUUUGGGAAUAUUGAAGACAUCUACAGAUUUCAAAUGGGGUUUGUUCGAGAUUUGGAGAAGCAAUAUAACACAGAGGAACCACAUCUCAGUGAAAUCGGGCCUUGCUUCCUAGAACAUCAAGAUGGCUUCUGGAUUUACUCUGAAUACUGCAACAAUCACCUGGAUGCAUGCAUGGAGCUGUCCAAGCUAAUGAGGGAUAGCCGAUACCAGCACUUCUUUGAAGCCUGUCGUCUCCUGCAGCAAAUGAUUGACAUAGCCAUUGAUGGUUUUCUGUUAACACCGAUUCAGAAGAUCUGCAAAUAUCCACUGCAGCUGGCGGAGCUGCUGAAGUACACCGUCCAAGAGCACAGUGACUACCGCUAUGUCGCUGCGGCUUUGGCUGUCAUGAGGAAUGUCACUCAGCAGAUAAAUGAGCGCAGGAGACGACUGGAGAACAUUGACAAGAUCGCUCAGUGGCAGGCUUCUGUUUUGGACUGGGAGGGGGACGACAUUUUGGACAGAAGCUCUGAGCUGGUUUAUACCGGGGAGAUGUCCUGGGUUUAUCAACCCUAUGGGAGGAGUCAGCAGAGAGUUUUCUUUCUUUUUGAUCAUCAGAUGGUUCUCUGCAAAAAGGACUUGAUACGCAGAGAUGUCCUCUACUACAAAGGUCGCAUCGAUAUGGACAGGUAUGAAGUGACCGACAUAGAAGAUGGCAGGGAUGACGACUUCAACGUUAGUGUUAAAAAUGCCUUCAAGUUGCGCAACAAGGACACUGAAGAAAGCCACAUCUUCCAUGCCAAAAAGCUGGAAGAGAAGAUUCGAUGGCUCAGAGCUUUCCAAGAGGAGCGAAAAAUGGUCCAAGAAGAUGAAAAAAUAGGUUUUGAAAUUUCGGGAUAUCAAAAGCAGCAAGCUGCCACGACAGUGCGAAAAGUAGCUAAACAGAAAGGUGAGGCAACAAAGAGAUACCAGAUUCAUUUAUAGAUAUCAUCUUGAGAAAGAUGGACAUUUUUUAUGGACAUGGUAUGAAAAAGAUAAAGGUAUAUUAAUUUACCAUGAGAGUAUUAUAUAUAGUGGGGGUCGCCAAUACAUCAAUACUUCAGUCAUGACAGCAGGGAAACAUUGGAUUUGUGAAAAAUCAACAUCACAUGUAGAAGCAAAAUAAAAAUAAUUUGGCAUAUUUAGCAUCACUUUGAUCAUCACACAUUUUGAAUGGAUUGAGUGGAGGAGCCAUGAAUUUGAACUAUUUUAAAUUGUGUUUUGUGUCAAUUGAACCUGUUUGAUAAAAUACAGAAAAUGCUAAAAAAAAUAUAAUAAUAUACUCAACAUUUGUUUAUUAGUCCAUGCAAUUACAAUAGGUAACAGUGAAACUGAAUGUUCAAAUUUAUUGUAACAUUGAAAUUCAUUUUAACCUAUGAAAUAUGUAUCUUUUAAAAAUGAGUUUCAUAACUGUCUACAUAAAGGAAGCAAUUUCAAGCAAAACUUAACUCCCCUUCAUCCUAUAGUUCCUACAACAAGCAUCUUUUUAAAUGAGUUACAUAAUAUUUUUAUUAGUCUUUUUGUGUUCCAUUUCAACAAUGCAUACACUCCUGGGCAAAUAAAUGGGCCAACCCCAAACUGCAAAACAUUAAGGGUCAAUUCUCCCAGGUCUUCAAGUCAAGAAAGCGCCUAGCUCCGUGCUUUUUUAACUUAAGUGUAUCCUCCGAUCAACUUAAGUGUAGGGUUUAAGUGCACUUAAGCGAUUUAUACAGUUUGGGCAGAGAAACACCAAAAUAUGGGCUUGUUGCUUGUAAAUGACCCCUAAAUGCAUCCUGCCACUGAAUUUAUUGCAUUUAAGUGCAUUUUUCAGUAUGUGCUCUGGAGGUCUGCAUUAAGUCACGCGCCUCUACAUGGCCAAAAGCAGUAUUGCAGUUUUCAGAAAGCUGAACAUAUAACCAGACAAAACCUUCUAACAUGCAUCAUAUAUUUAGAAACAAAUGUUAAAAUCCAAAACGCAUAUGAAUAAUUCAUACAAUUAUGUAAGAAUUACAUAAUACACUAGUAUACAUUUAAAUAUAUAAGUAAAUACAAGUAUAUUACCAUUAGGCUGCAUUCAAGUGAAAUCUGCCUUGUCAACAUGCCUAGUAGGCAAAUCACUUAGGCAUAUGGACUGGUUGAUUAAAACUAAUUCUUUCAGUUAAAAAAAGUAAAAAAUCAUGGUCGCAGUGCAUAUACUUGUGCUUAUUACCGUAACAUAACAAGGUUCUCUAUUUUCUUUUUGGUUUACAACAGACUCCUAUUAUAUUAUUGUCUAACAAGUCAAAUUUGCCACUGUUGUAAUUAACUGCCUGCAGAUUCAAACUAUUGAAAAUUCAAAACAACUAAAGAAAUUAACGUUCAUCUUAUACUAAUUGAUUGUCUGUGGUGGGUUACUUGCAGUAAAAUUUAAUGGUUUAAAAUGUUUUAUCUAGUCUUGUGUCAUUUGAUCUUAAAACUGAAGUGGUAGAGCCAAUUUCGGGAAAAGUGAUUAUUAAAUCAGAGAUAUAAAUUACAUAAUUUUAAUAUACCUAAUAAGUUCAGACAAUGUAAAUUGCUCUGCAAAAAAUUCAAACACUCGAAGUCUGAGCUUGGUGAAAACAAAAAAUUGUCCCACCAGCAUGGCUGCACAAUUUGUAUUUUAUUACCAUUUCAAAAGUCCCCUCAUAUCAAGUGUCUCAAAAAAUGUGAGUGAUAUUUCCACAAUAUCUUAGAGAUUCGCUUGUCCUUUAGUUUGAAGGAAUGCAGUUACUUUUAAUAAAAGCUUAUUGUUUACACACACAGUUUAGAUAACUAAUUAAAACUGGGAAUUGUGGGAAAGUGCAGAAGCAGUAGUUCAGUUGGGCUGUCUGUAGAAAACAGUGCAGUGUUAACUGAUCAGCUUCAAAAUCAAAAAAUAGACCAACAUCUUUUUUGUGAUAUUCUAAGUAGUAUGUUUUAUGGAUUUUUUACAUAGCUCCAAAACCCUCCAUUGGAAUAGGAUCUCGCAUCUUAGAGUAGUCUCAUAGAAAAAUGACCCUAAUUAGAUAACCAGUUGUUAAAAAUGAAUAAAUAGAAAAUCCAUGCCUGAAUAUUGAGGAAAUUAAAAUAUCCGUACUCUUAUGUCAUUUUACAAUAUGCCAAAAGGAGAUAAGGAACAGUUUCAUUUUUUAUGUGUGCUGUGGUCAGAUUAGGCAGAAUUAAUAAUUAAUAAUUAAUAAUUUCUAAUAUGUGGAUUUACAUAUUGCAGAAAAAAAUUCUUCUCUAUCUAGACUCACUUUACAUUUUUUUCAUUUGUUUAGCUAAAACCUUGAGCACAUUUCUAUUAAUACAUAUUAAUACAUGUUCAUCUUGAAGCAAUUUUUGCAAACAAUAAUGAAGUGAUUGGCGGCCCCUGUUGUAGACAGUAAGUUACCCUGCUUAUAAAACUUUGCUUAAUCAAGAUGCCAUGGCAGCUGUUGUGUAGUCUGAGAAAUUCAUUCUCCACACAGAGACACACUCAAGUAGAUUAGGUAUCUAUAGCUUUGUUGGGACUCUCCAGUCAUUUCUAUGGGCAAAACCUUAUUCCCAACUAUAGCAACCUUAACCCCUACUCAGCCCUUAACCUUAACCACAAGUAAGUAACCUUAACCAUAAGUAACCAAUACAAAUGCAAGUUUUUUUAUCUAAUUCUAAGAUUUUUAGAAAAUGGAGUGUCCCAUUGUGGGUGCCGAAAGAACAUCUGCACAAGUCAAAACAACAGGUUUACAUCACAUCAUGGGGACAUUAGGGGCACCUAGGCUUGGCUUUUGAGAGUCCAGUUAUUCUCAAUUUCCCCUGAUACAUGAAAUAGCAUGUAGGAAAUCUUAUCAUUCAAAAUAAUGUCAUUAAUUUCAUAUAUUAAAAGCAGAGUUGAACAAAACCGGAAAGGUCUGGGAAGACCAGGACGGAGCAUCCCUGUGUAACUUUAAUUUAUUAGGCCCAGUACAUGUAUAAGUAAAUGUGUACAGUUUUGUUAUGAUUUUAAAUAUAAAUUUAGUGGAAGUUACAACAAAUGUUAAUGCUCAAAAACUUCUGAAUAAUAUACUUUUAAGAUGCCAUGGCACCUUUUAGACUUUUUUGUUAAUAGUGUAAAUAGUUCACUUUUGUGAUUAUUUAUUAAGUAAUAAUCCAGAAGUGAAUACAGAAAAGCGUCAAGAAACACCCAGAAUAUUUUAUGUAGCGAUCCUUUACCAGUGAAGAAUUGCUUUUUCCUCUGUGCUCUGCAAAACUGAAGGUGUCUACUGACAUACAAUACUAAGUAUUGUAAUCAAAAUUUGCCUAAAUGCUUAUUUGUCUGUUUCUUUGACGAUUUUCCACCAUAUAUAUAUAUACAUAUACAGUAUGGAAACACCCAUAUAUGUAUAUGGGUGUAUAUAUGUAUACAUUUCAAUUAGUAAUAACAGUGUUCUUUUUGGUCUUCCUUGUUUUUUCUGGCUCUGUCUCUUUUUCUACACGUCUGUUUCUUUUUCUUCUUCAAAUCCAGGUGUAAGUCAAAACAGAUCAAUGCCUCCUUUUUAUGCCCCAUCUGGGAGCACCAUGGAUCCAGGACAGUACAUGUUACCAGGCAGCUUGGCACAAUCAGAAAUUUUUGAAAUAAAUGAUUUUAAAAGGAGCCCAUCUC